GUGAGCUCAGUGCGGGGGGCGGGACUACAAAACAAGCAGGCAAGCUGAACUCGCACACAACAAUCCGAGAGAGCGCUGCCUUUGAUUCAGUUAACGUUACUCAAAAUACCGGCUUGUGAUGUCAGCCCUUCAGUCUGCUUCUUCUAAAAGUUUUACCUCAACACCACUCAAAAGUAAAUCUGCCAUCCCAAGGAGCAUCCCUAGAAGCAAGAGCGUGGAAUCAACAGGCGACUCAACCUACUCCUUGCUCUCACCCAUUUACCAUGAUAGCUUUGAUUUUUCGGAUGAAGAUAAUGAAGAGGCACCAAAACAGUAUCAGCCUGCUGACAACUCCUCUCUCACAGUGCAUGAAGAUGGAUUAUCAGUCAGUCACAGCAGGAAUGAGACACUGGAGUCACUUUGUGCACAAAACACUUCUACUGGAAAGUUAAACCUGAGUGCAUGGGAGCAGUGGGUUGUAAGCAAAGCUAAAGAGGAACGGAUGAAAAUGCAACAGAAAACCUUAGAACAAGAAGCUUUAAAAGAAAAGAAGGCCAAAGAAGAAACAGAACAACAGAGGAAAAAGGCAGUCAGUGAGUGUAAAAUUCAAGAGUGGCUCCAAAUGAAAAAAGAACAGGAAAAACAUGAAAAGUUUUGCAGGGAGUCCCAGAAGACUAAAAAAAUGCUGUAUGAAGAACAGAAACGGCUGGAAAUCGAAAGAAAAGCCCAAGAAAAAUAUAAAGAGUGGCUUAGACAGAAAAAACAAGAGGAAAUGGUGAGGAAGUUAGAAGAGCAGGAAGAAAUAGCCAGAGGAGAAAAGGAGGAGAGAGAACGUAAAGAGCGGGCAGAGGAGAAGUUUAAAGAGUGGCUUAAAAACAUAAAGGACAAAGACAGACAUAAACGUCAGUUGUCAGCAUGUCCAGCUGGUGGCUAUAAUAAUCUGAACUACCCCUCACCUACUUUUGUGAACCCUAUCCCAUGGAAGCCCAUUCACAUCCCCCAGCAAAACAGUACGCCCAGGAAGAACUUGGCGCACAAGAAGCAGCCAGGUCUACCAAAGUAUCAGUCAACUCCGUGCUUUAGUUACAAACCCAAAGACACUUUUAGCUUUGCAUGCAAAAGGAGGUGACAACCUGUGGUCAAAGGCAAACAUUAGCUUUUACUCUGAUUAACGUGGAUCAAUUGGGAGGGCAUUUGUCAUUUUAGGGACUGGACUCACGAUGGGAGAAAUGUUAGAGGUUUAUGUGCGCCUAUCUAGACAGUUAUCUGCAUAAGUACAGUACAGUACAGUACACUCCUCCGUGAACUGAACACUUACCGUGAUUUAUAGUUCACACACCCUUUAGUUUUCCACAUUACUGAUACACAUCACUCACAUCAAUGAAUGUCACAGAUGUGUUCUAAAACCAUGUAGUUUUUUGGCAGAAUGAAUAGAGAAGUGUGAUUAAGUAGUUUCGUUUUUGAAAAAUGUAACAUUUUAAUUUUCCCAAAUAAAACAUUGUUUGGAAACAGUACCAGUGAUUGUGAACACUGUGUGAUAGAAAAGUUGUGAACAUUGCGAAGUCAAACUUGCUACAGAAAAUAUUACAUAUGAAAGAAACCUAUGUACUUGUAUAACGAAGCUGCUGGUGUUUUCCAAACAGUGGACUGACCACCCCAGAGUCCAGACCUGAACAUCACUUAAUGUGUUUGGGAUUAUUUGGAUCAUGAGAAGCAGAAAAUGCAACCAGUUUCUGAGACUGAACUUCGGAGGUGUGGAAAAAGCUUAAAUGUAAGCUAAUAAAGGCAAAAGCAAAAAUGAAUGACUUGGACUUAAUGGUUGUUUUGACUGUGGAUUAAAUAAAUGAUGGGUGGACUUGCAUAAUACUGUUUUUCUAACAAGGCUAUUUUGAAUUAAUAUUCUAAAACAGAAACAGUAAAGGGUCUGUAUUUGCCUUUCAGUUUCUCUGAUGUUUUGCAUUCAGUUGUGUGUAAUGUCAGUGUUCCAAGAAAGCAGGGAAAGACCAGGCUUGUUGAGAGUGUGAUAAUAAGCAUUGUCGUUAAUGGGUCUUGAUAGUUGUUUAUACAUACAGGCACCAUACAUGACUUACUCCUACACUUGUGUCUCACAAAGAUGUCUCUGUCUCAGCUUACAUGCU